GGCAGUGAAAGUGAUGGCACUUUGAAGGGAGGGCUGAGCCCAAUCCAUCAUCAUCUCUGCUCUUAAAGGCCACUAACAUCAUCCACAAUGGAGAUGGAAAGUAGAGGAGAGGGAGAGUCAACGAGCAGUUAUUGAUAUGGAAAGUGGAAAGGAAAAAAAAAGCGUAAUAGUUUGAUUAAGAGAUUAAAGUGUAGUACAAACCCCAAAUUUGUACUUCAGAGCAGUACAAUGGAAGUGGAGGCUUAAGCUUUAAGAUUUUGAAGGAUUUUACAGUUUUAGUUGGUGGGGUUUUCUUGCUUCUAAAAUUGGUUUUUUCGUGGGGAAUGAGAAGAGUGUGGAUAGAUAGCGAGAGAGAAAGAGAGUGACCCAUUUGGAUGUUUCUGAUGCUGAGGUCGGGUGAAUUUUGAGGACCCAAUCGGUGGUUUGUGGGUUUGAUUGUGGUUUAUGGGUGAAUUGGUGGAGACUCAUCUGGCUGAUUUGAGGGAUCCGAGUGGAGGGAUUGAAGGUGAUGAGUCCAUAUUUGGGGGUGUUUCUGGGUCUGUAGGGAGUCGUUGAGGUGUUGAAUGAGGUUUCAGAAGAUCAAUCUCGAGGUUCGGGAAGUUUUUUUUUUUUUUGAGUUUUUCCCAAUCUCAAUCUAGAGAGAAGAAGAACGACAGAAAGGAGUAAGAAAAGAAGAUUCCGAUCGUAAAAAAAUGGUGAGAGUGAACGGGGAAGAAUCGAAGGAGAUCGACGGAGUGGAACUGGAACAGCCUCAAGAUGCGCAAGAGGAGCUGAGGAGAAUUCCUCCAUGGACGAAGCAGAUCACCAUACGGGGAAUCAUCGCCAGCGUAGUUAUUGGAAUAAUCUACAGCGUGAUAGUGACGAAGCUCAAUCUCACAACUGGGCUCGUCCCAAAUCUCAAUGUUUCAGCAGCUCUGCUCGCCUUCGUCUUCAUUGGGACAUGGACAAAGUUGCUUCAGAAAGCAGGAUUCGUCUCCACUCCUUUUACUCGACAGGAGAAUACCGUCAUUCAGACUUGUGCAGUCGCCUGUUACAGCAUUGCUGUCGGAGGCGGCUUCGGGUCUUAUCUGUUGGCGUUGAACAGGAGGACAUAUGAGCAAGCAGGUGUUGAUACAGAAGGGAAUACUCCAGGGAGCCAUAAGGAACCCGGGGUUGGCUGGAUGACUGGCUUCCUUUUUGCCACCUGCUUCGUCGGGCUGCUGGCCUUGGUGCCUCUGAGAAAGAUCAUGAUAAUAGACUAUAAACUAACUUAUCCAAGUGGAACUGCAACGGCAGUUCUCAUCAAUGGAUUCCACACUCCUCACGGAGACAAGAUUGCCAAGAAGCAGGUUCAUGGGUUCGCAAAGUGUUUCUCCUUCAGUUUCUUCUGGGCUUUCUUCCAAUGGUUCUAUUCUGGUGGAGACAAAUGCGGGUUCGUUCAAUUCCCGACGUUUGGACUGCAAGCUUGGAGUCAAACAUUUUACUUCGAUUUCAGUAUGACUUACAUUGGAGCAGGAAUGAUCUGCUCCUAUCUUGUGAACUUGUCUUUACUCUUUGGCGCUGUGCUGUCUUGGGGAUUAAUGUGGCCAUUGAUGCGCCAUAAGAAAGGAAAUUGGUAUCCUGCAACUCUAUCACAAAGUAGUAUGAAGGGCUUAAAUGGCUACAAGGUUUUUAUUUCGAUCGCCCUCAUCCUAGGAGACGGGCUCUACAAUUUUGUCAAGAUACUGCUUUUCACAGGCACAAGCAUCAUUAAAAGAUUGAAUAACAGGGGCUCAAAUGCAAUUUCUGAUGAGAAUAAGAAUCAGGCCAUGGGUGAUCUUCAAAGAAAUGAAGUGUUCAUAAGAGAGGGUAUUCCCAUAUGGUUGGCAUGUACAGGAUACAUCACCUUCUCCAUCAUCUCCAUCAUUGUGAUCCCCCUCAUGUUCCCUGAGCUGAAAUGGUACUAUGUGGUUGUUGCCUACACUCUUGCUCCCUCUCUUGGCUUCUGCAAUGCUUAUGGUGCAGGCCUAACCGACAUGAACAUGGCGUAUAAUUAUGGAAAAGUAGCCCUGUUUGUUCUUGCUGCCUUGGCAGGGAAGGAUUCAGGUGUCGUUGCAGGGCUAGUUGGCUGUGGCCUGAUUAAGUCCAUUGUUUCCAUAUCUUCUGAUUUGAUGCAUGAUUUCAAGACUGGCCAUCUCACUCUCACUUCCCCUCGAUCAAUGCUCCUUAGCCAGGCCAUUGGGACAGCAAUAGGCUGUGUGGUGGCUCCUCUCACAUUCUUCCUCUUCUACAAGGCCUUUGAUGUGGGGAACCCAGAUGGAGAAUACAAAGCCCCUUAUGCUAUCAUUUACAGGAACAUGGCAAUUCUAGGAGUUGAAGGCUUCUCAGCCCUUCCCCACCACUGCCUCCAGCUCUGUUGCGGCUUUUUCGUCUUUGCCAUAGCAGCCAACUUGGUGAGAGACCUUUCCCCAUCAAAGAUUGGAAAAUGGAUUCCUCUCCCAAUGGCCAUGGCUGUGCCUUUCCUUGUUGGUGCCUACUUUGCUAUAGAUAUGUGCAUGGGGAGUUUGGUUGUUUUUGUGUGGCACAAGCUCAACAGCAAGAAGGCGAGUGUGAUGGUUCCUGCAGUCGCCUCUGGUUUGAUCUGUGGAGAUGGAUUGUGGAUUCUCCCUUCCUCAAUCCUUGCCCUGGCCAAGAUUAAUCCUCCAAUCUGUAUGAGCUUCUUGGCGACUUAGAAAAACCAGAGGGAGAGGUAUGGAGUAGGCAAGAACUAUAGUUGAGUAGGAGACUUCAUGGUUAAUUUAAAGGCAGAUGUGACAGAGUUUCAAAUAAGUAACAUGAAUAAUACACAUUUGAGGUACACAACAAUAUGCAUGUUCUAUAAUUUCUUAACA